UUUUUUAAUGGUUUUUGUAUCUCUAGAGAGAUUGGGAUAAUAUUGCAAUGAAGAAAGGGAAAGACUCAAUAGAUGCAACAGAAAAGGGCAGAGACAUGGCCUUGGGUACCAACUACGCUGAUGUGUACUUGAGUUUCAGAGGAGCCGACACUAGCUCUGUAUUUGUUGAAUUCCUUUGCCAUAGCUUGUCUGAUGCUGGAAUCUGCUUCUUCAAAGACAACGAAGAGCUUCCACGCGGUGAAGAAAUUGGUCAGGAGCUGCUGAGAGCAAUCAACAGAGCCAGGAUCUACAUCCCCAUCUUCUCCAGGAGCUAUGCUUACAGUGCGCGGUGUCUCCGGGAGCUUGCCGCAAUGGUGGAGAACAAUGAAAAGUCAGAUGAUGGGAAAACAAUCAUCCCCAUAUUCUACGACGUGGAACGUCGGGAUGUUUGGCUUAUAACCUCUCAGUACGGCAAUGCCCUAUUGCAACAUGAGGAGAUAUAUAUGUUCGAGGAAGUAAGAGCAUGGAGACAUGCUCUCAAAAAGGUUGGUUCAUUACGUGGAUGGGACACAAGAUCUAGCAGUACGUCUCACAUAGUCAGAGAAGUCACAGGAAUUGUGGUCAAGCUGAAGAAGUUCCCAAAGAAAGAUGAAGCAAAAGAGGGAAUUGACAAACAAGUUGAGGACAUGAUGGACUUACUUGAUUUAGAAGUCAGUGAUGUACGAAUAGUUGGAAUCUGGGGUAAGGGUGGGGUUGGCAAGACGACUCUUGCCAAGGUCAUUUAUGAGCAAAUUUCCUCUCAGUUCGACAGUUGUAGUUUCCUUGCAGAUAUUGAGACAACAGUGAAACAACUUGGAGGUUUUCAGCUUUUACAAAGCAAGUUGAUGUGUGAUAUCCUAAACAGAGAAUACGAGGUUGAUCAAGUUGCGAAAGGAGUUGAUUUUUUAAAAGGAAUAUUACGGAAUAUGAAAGUUCUAAUCGUUCUUGAUGCUGUGGAGGUACAGUCGCAUCUCCACAAAAUUGUUGGAGAGAAGCUUGAUUGGUUUGGUGAUGGAUCUAGGAUAAUUAUCACCACUAGUGUCAAAUCUGUUCUUCCAGAGUUCAUAUCUCAAGGGUUAGCUCAUGCGUAUGGUAUCAACGUGAUGAAUAAUGAUCAAGCUCUUGAGCUUUUCAGAAAGCAUGCACUGCGGAAAAAUCUUCCAAUUCCAGAUUUUGAUGAAAUUGCAAUAGGUAUAAUCAACUCUGUGAAUGGGAUCCCAUUACUUGUUGAAGUAAUUGGUUCACUCUUGUCCAGAAAAGUAGUAGAAGAAUGGACUGCACUUAAGGAGCUAAUUUUGCAAUCUGGCCCGCAUAUUGAAAUGAUUUUGAUGGCUAGUUAUAAAGAAUUGACCAAAGAGCAAGGAGAGAUACUUCUUGAUAUUGCAUGCCUCCCUGCUGAUGUGGAUUGUCGAAUUGUUUCAUUUAUGUGGCAUGAUCUCAAUAUCGCCCCCUCAGAUGGAGUUGAUGCGCUCCAUGCCAUGUCUCUGGUAAAAAUUGGAAAUGAUAAUGAAUUAGUGAUGCACAGGCUGUUAAGGGAGUUUGGCCAACAAAUCAUACGAAAAGAGGAAGAUCUAUAUCCAGGAACGCGAGGCAGGUUAUGCAAUUUGGAUUUGGCCUGAGAACAAAGAAGGAGGGGACAGACCACCUCAACUUUGAUGCAAGAGAUUUUAAGAGCACGCCAAACAUAAGGUUUCUUAUCUUGGAUUGUGCAAAAGUUGUUGGUGAUUUUGCUGAUGUUUUUCCAAAUUUAAAGUGGCUCCAAUGGCGAGGAUGCACUAGAGAUUUUGCAGCUACUAAUUUUCAUGUGGAGAAAUUAGUCAUUCUUGAUCUUUCAUGGAGCAAAGUCACUGAAGACUGGGGAGGUUGGAGAAAAAUCAAGAACUGAAUGUUACCCUUGAAAUACUUAAAGAAAUAAUCGGUUGCCUGCCAACAACAAUAAGAGGGUGUGUGGAUGAUGGUGGUGGUGGAAUCUUAGAUUGAGUGAAUUAAGGGGAAUGAUUUUCUGGUUGUCAAGAUGAUGCCACAGUUGAAAGUCUUGAAUUUUACUGGUUGUGCUGACCUAUUGAUAAGCCCUGACCUGUCCUCUUUCCCAGACUUAGAGAUAUUGAUUUUCGAACGAUGUUCUCGACUAAUGAAGUUAGAUCCUUCCAUCCGUCAUUUAAAACGCUUGACUACCUUAAAUUUGAGGUUCUGUGAUGAACUCAAUAUGUUGCCAAUUGAACUGGGUCACAUGGAAGCUCUUAAGGAGCUCCUUAUUGACGGGACUUCCAUACAAGAAAUUCCUGUCUCAAUGGGUUACUUGGAGAAACUUGAGAUUUUUAGUGCCUCCAAAUGUCUCCAAUUAAGUCACCUGCCUGAUUCAGUCUGUGGCUUGACAUCUCUUUCAGUUCUCUCACUGGAAAAUGCAAAAAUUACUCAAAUUUCUGCCUCAUUCGAAAAGCUGGUGAAACUUCGGAUCCUGUCUCUAAAGGGUUGUCGUUGGGUAGGGAGACUUCCAGAUUCAAUUUGCAAUUUGGGAAACUCAUUAGAGGAGUUGGAUAUAACAGGGACAGGCAUAUCUGAAUUGCCCAAUUCAAUUACUUGCUUGGGGCAUUUAAAAGUGUUAAAAAUGGAUUCUUGCUUCAUUAGAGAAUUGCCUAGAGAAAUUGGAAAUUUGGUCAACCUUGAAGAGUUACAUGCUUCUCAUUGUAGGAGUUUGAAGGGAGCCAUUCCAACUGCUAUUAAGAGUCUAGAUCGUCUGAGGAUACUGAGAUUGGGACAUUCCAGUAUUUCUGCCAUUCCUUUGAAAUUGGAAGUCUUUCUUGUCUUCAGACUCUUGAUUUACUUCGGUGCAACGAGAUUCAAGUGCUGCCAGAGCUUCCCUCCAGAUUAACUUGUCUACAUGUGAGUUCUAAAAGGAUGGAGGCCUUGCCAGAUCUUAAGGAUUUAGUGGAGUUGGAGAAGAUACGUCUGGGUGAUAAAGAUCCUAAGGAGCUCAUAUGUCCCUCAACACGGAUGGAGCCAAAAUCCAGAUCAAGUGAUCUCUUAGUUGCGCACAUAGUACUUCCGAAACUGAAGAUGUUAGAGUUGUCUCAUUCUCGAGUCAGUGAACUGCAACUUGGGCAUGGUUCACUCUCAUGUUCACAUCUUAAGAAGCUAGUUCUAUCUGGCGUGAAUCUUGAGAAUGUGCUGGACCUUCCCUCAUCAUUGUCCGUUUUAUCUAUUCGAUGUUGUUCUUCCUUGAGACAAUUGCCAGCAGUUCACCAUCUGAGCAAACUAUCAGAACUACAUCUCAUCCAAUCUGCAGUAGAAGAGAUUAAGGGACUUCAAGGACUAAUUUCUCUGGAAAUCUUGAAUAUUUCGCACUGUGAAAUAUGUAAUCUCAAUGGGCUUGGCCAAUUAACAGAUUUAC